UUCCUCCAGAAAGUGUUAAAACUCUUCUCUUUCCUUAACAGAUGGAGGGAGACAAAGGAGAGAAUAACAGCAACAGAGUUUUCAGGUAGAAAAAAUAGAUUAUGUGGAACUCAAGAAAAUAUUGCAUGAAAAAGUACAAAGGCAUUAAUGAAAGCGUUUGAGGAAGGAGAGCGUCUUGGAUCAAAGCACCACCAGUCUGCCUAUUUUGGGAAAAACACGGAUUGCAGAUCACACCUGAUUUUUGCAUGAGUCCAUCCACCCCUUGAAAACCCAUGCAAAUGUUUGGACUGUGGCAAAAGCUUUACUCAGAAUAGCACUCCCAUUAUUCAUGGAAUGACCGAUGCAGGAGGAGCAGCUCUACCAGUGCUCCCAGGGUGGGAAAAGAUUUAGCAUGCAUACCAAUCUGGUGAGACACAAGAGGACUCACACUGGGGAGAAACUGUUUGAAUGUCCUGUUUGUGGGAAAAGCUUCAGUCAGAAUUCCAGCCUGGUAAAGCACCAGAGGACUCACACAGGAGAUAAACAAUAUGAAUGUCUGUAUUGUGGGAAAAAGUUCAGUCAUAAUUACAAGCUGGUGAGACACCAGAGGACUCACACGGGAGAGAAACCAUAUGAGUGUCUGUACUGUGGGAAAAGUUUCAGUCAUACUUCCAACCUGGUGAUACACCAGAGAACUCACACGGGAGAGAAACCAUAUGAGUGUCUGGAUUGUGGGAAAAGUUUCACUGGGAAUUCAAAACUGGAGAGACACCAGAGAACUCACACAGGAGAGAAACCGUAUGAGUGUCUGCAUUGUGGAAAAAGAUUCAGUCAGAAUUCCAACCUGGUAAUACAUGAGAGAACUCAUACAGGAGAAAAACCAUUCAAGUGUCUGGAUUGUGGGAAAAGUUUCAGUCAGAAUUCCUACCUGGUGGGACACCAGAGGAUACACACAGGAGAAAACCCAUAUGAAUGUCCUGAUUGUGGGAAAAAUUUCAUUCAAAAUUCUAACCUGGUUAAACAUCAAAGGACUCACACAGGAGAGAAACCAUAUAAGUGUCCAGAUUGUGAGAAAAGUUUCAUUCGGAAUGCCAACCUGAUUAGACAUCAGAGGACUCACACAGGAGAGAAACCAUAUGAGUGUCCAGAUUGUGGGAAAAGUUUCCGUGAGAGUUACUACCUGGUGAUACACCAGAGGAUUCACACGGGAGAGAAGCCGUAUGAGUGCCCAGAGUGUGGAAAAGGUUUCACUUGUUAUUCCUACCUGUUUAGACAUCAGAGGACUCACACAGGGGAGAAACCAUAUGAGUGCCCAGAUUGUGGAAAGGAUUUCUCUCGGAAAUGUGACAUGGUGAAACAUCAGUCUACUCACAUAGAAGAGAAAUCAUAUAAAUGUUGUGAUUGUGGGAAAUGUUUCAGUCAGAAUUCCUACCUGUUGAUACACCAGAGGAUUCACACGGAAGAGAAAACAUAUAAGUGUGUAGAUUGUGGGAAAAAUUUCAGAUGGAAUGCUCAGCUGGUGAUACACCAGAGGACUCACACAGGAGAGAAGCCGUAUGAAUGUCCAGAUUGUGGGAAAGAUCUCAGUAGUAGGACCAGCCUUAUAAAUCAUGUAAGGACUCACUCAGGAGAGAAACCGUAUGAGUGUUUGUAUUGUGGGAAAAGUUUCAUUCGGAAUUCCAACCUGGUGAUACAUGAGAGGAUUCACACUGGAGAGAAACCAUAUGAGUGUCCGGAUUGUGGGAAAUGUUUCAAUCACAAAUCCCACCUGGUGAAACACCUGACGACGCACAUGGGAAAGAAACCAUAUGAGUGUUCAGAUUGCGGGAAAGGUUUCAGUUGCAAUUCUGACCUGGUAGUACAUCAGAGGAUUCACACAGGAGAAAAACCGUAUGAGUGUCCGGAUUGUGGGAGAAGUUUCUCACGGAAUUUCAACCUCGUGGAACACCAGAGGAUUCACACAGGAGAGAAACCAUAUAAGUGUCCAGAUUGUGGGAAAUGUUUCAAGCGUAAUUACAAGCUAGUGAUACACCAGAGGAUUCACACAGGAGAGAAACCAUAUGAGUGUCAGGAUUGUGGGAAAAGUUUUAGGCAGAAUUCCAAGCUAGUGGUACACCAGAGGACUCACACAGGAGAGAAACCAUAUGAGUGUCUGGAUUGUGGGAAACGUUUCCGUGAGAAUUACUACCUGAUGAUACACCAGAGGAAUCACACGGGAGAGAAACCAUAUAAGUGUCUAGACUGUGGGAAAAGUUUCAAUUGGAAUUCUGAACUUGUGGUACAUCAGAGGUUUCACAGUGGAGAGAAACCAUAUAAGUGUCCUGAUUGCGGGAAAGGUUUCCCUCGAAAUUCCGAGUUGGUGAUACACAAGAGGACACACACAGGAGAAAAACCAUAUGAGUGUCUUGAGUGUGGGAAAAGUUUCCAUCGAAAUUCCGACUUGGUGAUACACCAGAGGACUCACACAGGAGAGAAGCCGUAUGAAUGUCCGGAUUGUGGGAAAGAUUUCAGUACUAGGUCUAGCCUUAUAAAUCACGUAAGGACUCAUGCAGGAGAGAAACCAUAUGAGUGCCCAGAUUGUGGGAAACGUUUCAGUUGGAAUUCCCUCCUGGUACAACAUCAAAGGAUUCACACAGGAGAGAAACCAUAUGAGUGUCCUGAUUGUGGGAAAGAUUUCUCUUGGAAAUCUGUCCUUGUGAAACAUCAGAGGACUCACACAGGAGAGAAACCCUAUAAAUGUCGUCAUUGUGGCGAAAGUUUUAGUCAGAAUUCCUACCUGGUGAAACACCAGAGGACUCACACGGGAGAGAAACCCUAUGAGUGUCCAGAUUGUGGGAAAGAUUUUACUUGGAAUUCUGACCUCGUUAAACAUCAGAGGACUCACACAGGAGAGAAACCAUAUAAGUGUCCAGAUUGUGGGAAAAGUUUCAGUCAGAGUUACUACCUGGUGAUACACCAGAGGACUCACACGGGAGAGAAACCAUAUGAGUGCCAAGAUUGUGGGAAAGGUUUCAGUUGCAAAUCCGACCUGGUGAAACACCAGAGGACUCACACAGGAGAGAAACCAUAUGAGUGUCUGUAUUGUGGGAAAAGUUUCAGUCAGAAUUCCAAUCUGGUGAGACACCGGAGGACUCACACAGGAGAAAAACCAUAUGAGUGUUCGGAUUGUGGGAAAAGUUUCCAGGAUAAUUCCAAUCUGGUGAAACAUCGGAGGACUCACACAGGAGAAAAACCGCAUGAGUGUCCAGAUUGUGGGAAAGAUUUCAGUAGUAGAUCUAGGUCUGAGAUGAAAAGAGUUAAAACCAAGAAACCAUAUAAGUGUCCAGAUUGUGGGAAAAGUUUCACUCAGAAUUUUGACCUGGUGAUACACCAAAGGAUUCACACAGGAGAGAAACCAUAUGAGUGUUCAGAUUGUGGGAAAUGUUUUAUUUGCAAUUCUGACCUUGUCAGACAUCAGAGGACUCACAAAGGAGAGAAACCAUAUAAAUGCCAUUGUGGGAAAAGUUUUGUUCGGAAUUCCAACUUGGUGAUUCAUCAGAAGAAUCAUACGGGAGAGAAACUCUAUGAGUGUCCACAGUUUGGGAAACGUUUCAGUUGCAAGUCUGAACUUCUGGUGAUCCAUCAGAGGACUCACACGGGAGAGAAACCAUAUGAAUGUCUGUAUUGUGGGAAAACUUUCAGUCAGAAUUCUAACCUGGUGAGACAUCAGAGAGCUCAUACAGGAGAGAAACCAUAUCAGUGUCCAGAUUGCGGGGAAAGUUUCAGACAGAAUUCAUACCUGGUGAAACACCAGAUAACUCACACAGGAGAAAAACCAUAUGAGUGUCUUGAAUGUGGGAAAAGUUUUAGUUGGAAUUCCCGUUUGGUAAUACACUGGAGGACUCACACAGGAGAGAAACCAUAUGAAUGUCCGGAUUGUGGGAAAGAUUUCAGUACUAAGUCUAACCUUAUAAGUCAUGUAAGGACUCACACAGGAGAGAAACCAUAUAAGUGUCGUGAUUGUGGGAAAGGUUUCUCUCGGAAUUUCAACCUGGUGGUACACCAGAGAAUUCACACAGGAGAAAAACCGUAUGAGUGUCUGUUUUGUGGGAAACGUUUCAUUCGGAAUUCGUACCUAGUGCAACACCAGAAGACUAACACAGGAGAAAUCCCAUAUGAGUGUCUGGAAUGUAGAAAAACUUUCAUUCGAAAGUGCGACUUGAUGAUACACCAGAAGACUCACAGAGGAGAGAAAGUAUAUGAAUGUCCAGAUUGUGGGAAACGUUUCACUCGGAAUUCCAAGCUGGUGAUACACCAGAGAACUCACACGGGAGAGAAACCAUAUGACUGUCUGUAUUGUGGGAAAAGUUUCAGUCAGAAUUCUAACCUGAUGAUACACCAGAGAACUCACACAGGAGAAAAACCAUAUCAGUGUUCAUAUUGUGGGGAAAAUUUCAGUCAGAAUUCCUACCUGGUGAAACACCAGAGGACUCACACAGGAGAAAAUAGAUAUGAGUGUCUGGAAUGUGGGAAAAGUUUUAUUCAAAAUCUGGACUUCAUUAUACACCAGAGGACUCACACAGGAGAAAAACCAUAUGACUGUCUGGAUUGUGGGAAAAGUUUCAUUCGGAAUUCGUACCUGGUGAAACACCAGAGGACUCACACAAGAGACAAACCAUAUAAGUGUCUGUUUUGUGGGAAAAGUUUCAUUCGAAAUUCAUACCUUGUGAUACACCAGAGGACUCACACAGGAGAGAAACCAUAUGAGUGUCUUGAGUGUGGGAAACGUUUCGUAAGGAAUUCCAGUUUGGUGAUACAUUGGAGGACUCACACAGGAGAGAAGCCGUAUGAGUGUCCGGAUUGUGGGAAAGAUUUCAGUAGUAGGUCUAGCCUUAUCAAUCAUGUAAGGUUACACACAGGGGAGAAACCAUUCAAAUGCCCAGAUUGCGGAAAGUGUUUCACACGGAAUUCCUCCCUUGUCAAACACAAGAAAUUCCACACAGGAGUGAAACCGUAUGAGUGUCCAGAUUGUGGGAAAUGUUUCAGUCAGAAUGCCAAUCGAGUGAGACACCAAAGAACUCACAGAGGAGAAAAACCAUAUCAAUGUUCAGAUUGUGGAAAAAGUUACAAAUGGGAUUCUUCCCUGGUGAUACACCAGAGAACUCACACGGGAGAGAAACCAUAUCAGUGUCCAGAUUGUGGCAAAAGUUUUAGGCAGAAUUCCAACUUGGUGAUACACCAGAGGUCUCACACUGGAGAAAAACCAUAUGAGUGUCCAAUUUGUGGGAAAUGUUUCCAGCAGAAUGCUAACCUGGUGAACCAUCAGAGUAUUCACACGGGAGAGAAACCAUAUGAGUGUCUGUAUUGUGGGAAACGUUUCAGUAAGAAUUCCAACCUGGUGAUACACCAGAGGACCCACACAGGAGAAAAACCAUAUGAGUGUCCAGAUUGUGGCAAAAGUUUCAGUCAGAAUUCCUACCUGGUGAGACAUCAGAAGACUCACACAGGAGUGAAACUGUAUGAGUGUCCGGAUUGUGGGAAAAGUUUCAGUCAGUAUGGCAAUCUGGUGAUGCACCAGAGGACCCACACAGGAGAAAAACCAUAUGAGUGUCCAGAUUGUGGCAAACGUUUCAGUCAGAAUGGCAAUCUGGUGAUACACCAGAGGACCCACAUAGGAGAAAAACCAUAUGACUGUCUGGAUUGUGGGAAAAGUUUCAGUCAGAAUUCUAACCUGAUGAUACACCAGAGAACUCACACAGGAGAAAAACCAUAUCAGUGUUCAGAUUGUGGGGAAAAUUUCAGUCAGAAUUCCUACCUGGUGAAACACCAGAGGACUCACACAGGAGAAAAACCAUAUGAGUGUAUGUUUUGUGGGAAAAGUUUCAUUCGAAAUUCAUGCCUUGUGAUACACCAGAGGACUCACACAGGAGAGAAGCCGUAUGAAUGUCCGGAUUGUGGGAAAGAUUUCAGUAGUAGGUCUAGCCUUAUCAAUCAUGUAAGGUUACACACAGGGGAGAAACCAUUCAAAUGCCCAGAUUGCGGAAAGUGCUUCAGUAAUAAUUCCAACCUGAUCAUACACCAGAGGAGUCACACAGGAGUGAAACCGUAUGAGUGUCCGGAUUGUGGGAAAUGUUUCAGUCAGAAUGCCAAUCGAGUGAGACACCAAAGAACUCACAGAGGAGAAAAACCAUAUGAAUGUUCAGAUUGUGGGAAAAGUUACAAAUGGGAUUCUUCCCUGGUGAUACACCAGAGAACUCACACGGGAGAGAAACCAUAUCAGUGUCCAGAUUGUGGCAAAAGUUUCAGGCAGAAUUCCAACUUGGUGAUACACCAGAGGUCUCACACUGGAGAAAAACCAUAUGAGUGUCCAAUUUGUGGGAAAAGUUUCCAGCAGAAUGCUAACCUGGUGAACCAUCAGAGUAUUCACACGGGAGAGAAACCAUAUGAGUGUCUGUAUUGUCGGAAACGUUUCAGUAAGAAUUCCAACCUGAUGAUACACCAGAGGACCCACACAGGAGAAAAACCAUAUGAGUGUCCAGAUUGUGGGAAAAGUUUCAGUCAGAAUUCCUACCUGGUGAGACAUCAGAAGACUCACACAGGAAAAAAACCAUACGAGUGUCUCGAAUGUGGGAAACGCUUCAGUCAUAAUUCCAACCUGAUCAUACACCAGAGGAGUCACACAGGAGUGAAACUGUAUGAGUGUCCGGAUUGUGGGAAAAGUUUCAGUCAGAAUGGCAAUCUUGUAAGACAUCAAAUUACUCACACAGGAGAGAAACCAUAUGAGUGUCCAGAUUGUGGCAAACGUUUCAGUCAGAAUUCCAACCUGGUGAUACAUCAGAGGACCCACAUAAAAGAAAAACCAUAUGAGUGUCUGGAUUGUGGGAAACGUUUCAGUCAGAAUUCAUACCUGGUGAAACAUCAGAAGACUCACACAGGAGAAAAACCAUAUGAGUGUUGUUAUUGUGGGAAAAGUUUCUCUCAAAAUUUUGUUUUGGCGAUACACCAGAGGACUCACACAGGAGAGAAACCAUAUCAGUGUCCAGAUUGUGGGAAAGGUUUCAGGCAGAAUUCCAACUUGGUGAUACACCAGAGGACUCACACGGGAGAGAAACCAUAUGAGUGUCCAGAUUGUGGGAAAGGUUUCAGGCAGAAUUCCAACUUGGUGAUACACCAGAGGUCUCACACUGGAGAAAAACCAUAUGAGUGUCCAAUUUGUGGGAAAAGUUUCCAGCAGAAUGCUAAGCUGGUGAACCAUCAGAGUAUUCACACGGGAGAGAAACCAUAUGAGUGUCUGUAUUGUGGAAAAUGUUUCAGUCAGAAUUCCAACCUGGUGAUACACCAGAGGACCCACAUAAGAGAAAAACCAUAUGAGUGUCUGGAUUGUGGCAAAAGUUUCAGUCAGAAUUCCUACCUGGUGAAACACCAGAAGACUCACUCAGGAGAGAAACCAUAUGAGUGUCUCGAAUGUGGGAAAAGUUUCAGUUGCAGGUCCAAUUUGGAGACACACAAGAGGACUCACACGGGAGAGAAACCAUAUAAGUGUCCAAAUUGUGGAAAAGGUUUCAGUCAUAAUUCCAACCUGAUCAUACACCAGAGGAGUCACACAGGAGUGAAACCGUAUGAGUGUCCGGAUUGUGGGAAAAGUUUCAGUCAGAAGGCCAAUUUAGUGAAACAUCAAAUUACUCACACAGAAGAAAAACCAUAUGAGUGUUUGGAUUGUGGGAAAAGUUUCUCUCAAAAUUCUGUCCUGGCAAUACACCAGAGGAUUCACAUGGGAGAGAAACCAUAUCAGUGUCCAGACUGUGGGAAAAGUUUCAGUUGGAGUUCCAGUUUGGUGAUACACGGGAGGACUCACACAGGAGAGGAACCGUAUCAAUGUUCAGAUUGUGGGAAAGGUUUUAGUAGAAGCACUAAUAUGGUGAUACACCAGAGGACUCACACAGGAGAGAAACCGUAUGAAUGCCCAGAGUGUGGGAAACGUUUCUCUCGGAAAUCUGACCUGGUUAAUCAUCAAAGGACUCACACAGGAGAGAAACCGUAUCAGUGCUCAGAGUGUGGAAAAUGUUUCAGUCAGAGUUCCUACAUGGUGAUACACCAGAGGACUCACACAGGAGAGAAACCGUAUGAGUGCCCAGAGUGUGGGAAAGGUUUCAGUCAGUAUUCCUACAUGGUGAAACACCAGAGGACUCACACAGGGGACAAACAGUAUCAGUGUAUGGAUUGUGGGAAAAGUUUCCAUCGGAAUUCCAACUUGGUGAUUCACCAGAAGACACAUAUAGGAGAAAAAACAUAUGAGUGCCUGGAUUGUGGGAAUAGAUUCAGUUGGAAUUUCCAACUGGUGAUACACCAGAAGACUCACACAGGAGAAAAAUUGCAUGAGUGUCCAGAAUGUCGGGAAAGUUUUAGUUGCAAAUCUGAAUUGGUGAAGCACCAGAAGACUCACAGAGGAGAGAGACUGUAUGAGUGUCUGCAUUGUGGGAAAGGUUUCACUCAAAAUUUCAAGUUGGUGAGACACCAGAGAACUCACACAGGAGAGAAACCAUAUGAGUGUCUGUAUUGUGGAAAAAGUUUCAGUCAGAAUUCUCACCUGGUGAGUCACAAGAGAACUCACACAGGAGAGAAACCAUAUGAGUGUCCAGAUUGUGGGAAAACAUUCAGUGAGAAUUCCUCUCUUGUGGAACAUCAGAGGACUCACACAGGAGAGAAACCGUAUGAGUGUCCAGAGUGUGGGAAAUGUUUCAGUCAGAGUUCCCAACUGAUGAUACACCAGAGGACUCACACAGGAGAGAAACCGUAUGAGUGCCCAGAGUGUGGGAAAUGCUUCAGACAGAGUUCCAACAUGGUGAUACACCAGAGGAUUCACACAGGAGAGAAACCGUAUGAGUGCCCAGAGUGUGGGAAAGGUUUCUCUUCGAAAUCUUACCUGGUUGAUCAUCAAAGGACUCACACAGGAGAGAAACCGUAUGAGUGCCCAGAGUGUGGGAAAGGUUUCUCUUCGAAAUCUUACCUGGUCAAUCAUCAAAGGACUCACACAGGAGAGAAACCGUAUAAGUGCCCAGAGUGUGGGAAAGGUUUCAGUCAGAGUUCGAACAUGGUGAAACACCAGAGGACUCACACAGGAGAGAAACCGUAUGAGUGCCCAGAGUGUGGGAAAGGUUUCACAUGCACCACUAAUAUAGUGAUACACCAGAGGACUCAUACAGGAGAGAAACCGUAUCAGUGCCCAGAGUGUGGGAAAGGUUUCUCUCGGAAAUCUGACCUGGUUGAUCAUCAAAGGACUCACACAGGAGAGAAACCGUAUCAGUGCCCAGAGUGUGGAAAAUGUUUCAGUCAGAGUUCCUACAUGGUGAAACACCGGAGGACUCACACAGGGGACAAACAGUAUCAGUGUCUGGAUUGUGGGAAAAGUUUCCAUCGGAAUUCCAACUUGGUGAUUCACCAGAGGAAUCACACGGGAGAGAAACCGUAUGAGUGCCCAGAGUGUGGGAAAGGUUUCUCUCGGAAAUAUAACCUGGUUAAACAUCAAAGGACUCACACAGGAGAGAAACCGUAUGAGUGCCCACAGUGUGGGAAAGGUUUCAGUCAGAGUUCCUACAUGGUGAUACACCAGAGGACUCACACAGGAGAGAAACCGUAUGAGUGCCCAGGGUGUGGGAAAAGUUUCAGUCAGUAUUCCUACAUGGUGAAACACCAGAGGAGUCACGCAGGGGACGAACAGUAUCAGUGUCUGGAUUGUGGGAAAAGUUUCCAUCGGAAUUCCAACUUGGUGAUUCACCAGAGGAAUCACAUAGGAGAGAAACCGUAUGAGUGCCCAGAGUGUGGGAAAGGUUUCUCUCGGAAAUAUAACCUAGUUAAACAUCAAAGGACUCACACAGGAGAGAAACCGUAUGAGUGCCCAGAGUGUGGGAAAUGUUUCCGACAGAAUUCCAACAUGGUGAUACACCAGAGGACUCAUACAGGAGAAAAACCGUAUGAGUGCCCAGAGUGUGGGAAAGAUUUCUCUUCAAAAUCUUACCUGGUUGAUCAUCAAAGGACUCACACAGGAGAGAAACCGUAUGAGUGCCCAGAGUGUGGGAAAAGUUUCUCUUUGAAAUCUUACCUGGUUGAUCAUCAAAGGACUCACACAAGAGAGAAACCAUAUAAGUGCCCAGAGUGUGGGAAAUGUUUCAGUCAGAGUUCUCACCUGGUGAUACACCAGAGGACUCACACAGGAGAGAAACCAUAUGAGUGCCCAGAAUGUGGGAAAUGUUUCAGACAGAAUUCCAACAUGGUGAAACACCAGAGGACUCACACAGGAGAGAAACCGUACGAGUGCCCAGAGUGUGGGAAAGGUUUCUCUGGGAAAUCUGACCUGGUUAAACAUCAAAGGACUCACACAGGAGAGAAACCGUAUGAGUGCCCAGAGUGUGGGAAAUGUUUCAGUCAGAGUUCCUACCUCGUGAUACACCAGAGGGCUCACACGGGAGAGAAACCGUAUGAGUGCCCUGAUUGUGGGAAGGGUUUCUCUGGGAAAUCUGACCUGGUUAAACAUCAAAGGACUCACACAGGAGAGAAACCGUAUGAGUGCAAAUGUGGGAAAAGUUUCAGUCGGAAUUCCAGUUUGGUGAUACAGUGGAGGAGUCACACAGGAGAGAAACCGUGUGAAUGUCCGGUUUGUGGGACAGAUUUCAGCACUAGUUCUAGUCUUUUAAAUCAUGUAAGAUUACACAUAGGGGAGUAG